AUGCAGGCGCGCUACUCGGUGUCCGACCCCAACGCCUUGGGAGUGGUGCCCUACUUGAGCGAGCAAAAUUACUACCGGGCGGCGGGCAGCUACGGCGGCAUGGCCAGCCCCAUGGGCGUCUACUCCGGCCACCCGGAGCAGUACGGCGCGAGCAUGGGCCGCUCCUACGCGCCCUACCACCACCACCAGCCCGCGGCGCCCAAGGACCUCGUAAAGCCGCCCUACAGCUACAUCGCGCUCAUAACCAUGGCGAUCCAGAACGCGCCCGAGAAGAAGAUCACCCUGAACGGCAUCUACCAGUUCAUCAUGGACCGUUUCCCCUUCUACCGGGAGAACAAGCAGGGCUGGCAGAACAGCAUCCGCCACAACCUCUCGCUCAAUGAAUGCUUUGUCAAGGUGCCCCGCGACGACAAGAAACCUGGCAAGGGCAGCUACUGGACGCUGGACCCGGACUCCUACAACAUGUUCGAGAACGGCAGCUUCCUGCGGCGCCGCCGGCGCUUCAAGAAAAAGGACGUGCCCAAGGAGAAGGAGGAGCGGGCCCACCUCAAGGAGCCGCCCCCGGCGGCGGCCAAGGGCGCCCCGGCUGGGCCCCCUCUAGCGGACGCCCCCAAGGAGGUCGAGAAGAAGGUGGUGAUCAAGAGCGAGGCGGCGUCGCCGGCGCUGCCGGUCAUCACCAAGGUGGAGACGCUGAGCCCCGAAAGCGCGCUGCAGGGCAGCCCGCGCAGCACGGCCUCCACGCCCGCCGGUUCCCCCGACGGCUCGCUGCCCGAGCACCACGCUGGCGCGCCCAACGGACUGCCCGGCUUCAGCGUGGAGAACAUCAUGACGCUGCGAACGUCGCCGCCCGGAGGCGAGCUGAGCCCCGCGUCGGGGCGCGCGGGCCUUCUUGUGCCGCCACUGGCUCUGUCCUACGCCACCGCGCCGCCCGCCGCCUACGGCCCGCCGUGCACGCAGGGCCUGGAGGCCGGGGGCGCCGGGGGCUACCAAUGCAGCAUGCGCGCCAUGAGCCUGUACACGGGUGCGGAGCGGCCCGCGCACAUGUGCGUCCCGCCCGCGCUGGACGAGGCCCUCUCGGACCACCCGAGCGGCCCCACGUCGCCGCUGAGCGCCCUCAACCUCGCCGCCGGCCAGGAGGGCGCGCUCGCCGCCGCGGGCCACCACCACCAGCACCACGGCCACCACCACCCGCAGGCGCCGCCGCCCCCGCCGGCUCCCCAGCCCCAGGCGGCGCCACAGCCCGGGGCCGCCGCGGCUCAGGCGGCCUCCUGGUAUCUCAACCACAGCGGGGACCUGAACCACCUCCCGGGCCACACGUUCGCGGCCCAGCAGCAGACUUUCCCCAACGUCCGGGAGAUGUUCAAUUCCCACCGGCUGGGGAUGGAGAACUCGGCCCUCGGGGAACCGCAGGCGAGCACCAACGCGAGCUGCCAGCUGCCCUACAGAUCCACGCCGUCUCUCUACCGCCACGCCGCCCCCUAUUCCUAUGACUGCACGAAAUACUGACCUGCCUGGCCCGCUCCGGCUUCGCCUCC